AGGACCAAACACAGCAAACAGUGAUUGGAUGAAUCGUGCAGGAGGAAAAAUAAUAACGCAGGAGGAAGUGUGUAUGUCAUGCUGGAACACUGAAGAUCUGUCUAACUGGAUUCAUUCAAGCGGUCAAUAUCCAUAUGUCUCCGGCCUCUGGAAUGCUGCUCGACGAAACUCCCCUGUUUGAUCCUUCUCUGCUCCAAGAGCUGGACUGGAGCAGCAACACCGUCUCCUUUGCGCCCCCUAUUUCUCCCUCUCAGCCCGGAGAAGGUCUGGUCCUCCGUCCUCUCUGUACUGCUGACCUAGACAGAGGCUUCUAUAAGGUCUUAUCACAGCUCACAGUGGCUGGGGAUGUUACAGAAGAACAGUUCAAAGCUAAUUUUGAACAUAUGAAGAAAUCUGGAGACUAUUAUGUGAUAGUGGUGGAAGACACAAACCUUGGACAAAUUGUUGCCACGGCAACACUCAUCAUAGAGCACAAAUAUAUCCAUGCUUGUGCAAAGAGGGGGCGUGUGGAAGAAGUGGUUGUGAGUGACGUAUGCAGAGGGAAACAGCUGGGAAAACUGUUGGUAUCAACAUUGACUCUCCUCAGUAAAAAAUUGCAGUGCUACAAAGUAACACUGGAGUGUGCGCCGAAAAAUGUGGAGUUUUAUAAGAAGUUUGGCUACUCCGCUUCAGAUGAGACUUACAUGCAGUGCCGGUUCUUUGACUGAAUCCGAAAGAAUCUUGAACAUCACUGAAUGUUUGCUUUAGAACUCUUAAUCUGUUCUAUUGUCUGAGAUCGGACUACCUCGAACUUGCACCUUUUUUAGCCAGCAAAAAAAAAAGAAAAACUUGAUAAUUUGGUGACAAGUUAUGUCACAAUAACAAAUAUUUUGAAAUGAGCAUUUUGAAUUCACUACAACCCAGAACAAUGUGCAUAUUCAUGAACGUUUCUAAAUGUCCGAAGUCAACAUCAAGCACUUGCUUUGAAAGUUAUUUAGUUUUCUAUUUAAAACGCUUCACAUAACUUGCUAUAGAAACAGAAUACAGUUCAAAUCAUAUACUGAAUGUGUGGUUUACAUUGUCAGCCACAAGAAGAAACACUGUGGCCUGUCUGAGAGAAAAGACGAAACAUUUUGUUUGUAUAGAAGAAGGGCUUGCAUACUUGAAUGUUUUUUAAUGUAAAGAUUUCUAUAAAUUUUUUUAAGAGGGAAAACAACCCAUUUUGUUUCCAAAUACACUCUUUACAAAACUGUUUGAGGCAUAUUUCCCUCUUUUUUUACUUAAGAUGUUAAUGAUGUGCUUUAUUCUCUUUAAAAUACCAAAACUCAAUUCACAUUUCUCAUUCUCGAAGUGAGUUCUACCUAUGAAAGCCGUAUUGAAAUGGUUUGAACUUAUUGGACUUUCUCUUGCAGGUACUCGUCUUCAACACAGAUUAGAAAUAGAAUGAAGGUUUACAUUUAUUUAUUAUGCUCAUGUAUUUUCUCAAUUUUGGCUUCAGUCUUAGCCACUGGUGAUAAUCAUUAGUUAUGUGUAAAACCUAGAUGAAGGGAAAUAAAUUAUUUUAAAAUACAUCCUGGUGCAAUGAAAGCAUAUCUUUGUAAACUAAAUGCCUUUAUUUUUGUACUUUCACUGAUAGCCGGGAUUCAAAUGCUUUUCUCAUCUGUCAAUCAACAGCUAAACAUGUGGCAGUGAUGUUAUUUGUGCUUUUAUAACGGUUAUAUUUUAAAAUUGAUGUAAGAAACCAUUGAAUGACAAAUGUUACAUUAAAAAUCAGUGAUAAAUCUCA